AUGGCCAAUAGUAAAGAAACACCUAUGCAUCCACACAAUGAACCAUUUCAAUUGGUUCACUUACGGGCCAUCAAAGUGGAACUAAACUUGUGCGAGCCAGAUGACAUACUCAUCUGGGCAAUAGCAUUAACAACCUUUUAUGGGCUAGCUCAUUUAGGAGAGCUCCUUCCAACAACACAGCAGGACAGGGACAAGGUGCCGGUCCUUCAAGCCUUGAGAUUCGAAAAGGCUGAUGACCAUACUUUUGUCACCAUCCAACUAGCACGAACCAAAAACCACAAAACUGCUGAACGCAUAUGUGGUCCAAAAGAUUUGGCUCGACGACCAGGAACACAAGAUGUUGCCGGCCACAGUUUUAGAGUUGCAGGGACAACUGAGUUAGUUAUGCGUGGAGUCCAACUCAUAUUAGUUCAGAAGAUUGGUAGAUGGAAUUCAGACUCCUUUUACAGGGUCUUCAAGCACCCCAAUUACACUAUACCAACCGAGAAGGGCUUUCGCCCCACAUUGACAAGACAAGUGAAGUAUGAACGCCUCAAGCAAGCAAGUAAU